AUGGCGGCGGAGAAACUUGAAAUCUUGCUGGUGGUUCUUGUAGCGGCUAUCUUGCGAUGCUCUGCGGAAUGUGGCGGGGAAGUCUUGGAGGUGUCUUCGGGAGAGUCACCAACUUGCCAAGACGGCGCACAAGAUUUCCUCAAGCUGCAAGACGAUUCACAAGAACGUCAACAGAGAGUACAAGAUGUGAAGGAGCACAGCGUGGCAGAUACAACCAUGUUGGAAAACGAACAGAAGCUACAGAUUGAACGGCGGAAGGCGUCAGGCGAAACUGUGACAGAACACAACACAAAAGUGCGGAGUAUCCUGUUAGACAUGGGCCGGAUUCAGACACUCCUGGUAGACAGCAAGCCUCAGUAUGAACAACUUCAACACAGCGUGGAGGAAAUGAAGAGAUUGGUGAUGAAUCUGGAAACCGGAGGGAUAUUUCCGCUGGAUGGAACAGACGGGGAGGGUGAGACCGAGGCUGGCAGUGACAACGGUGCUACUGACCGGCCGACAGGGAAACCUAAAGGAGACGAGACGACGACAGUACAGACGGAGUCUACAGUGUUGUUGUUGUUGUUGUUGACAGAUUGUUCAGACGUGAGGAGACGAGACGACGACAGUACAGACGGAGUCUACAGUGUUACUGUUGACGGGGAGGACUGGCGCGUGUCAUGUGACAUGACGACAGAAGGAGGCGGCUGGACUGUCAUACAGAGGAGGGUGAACGGUGGAGAAAACUUCUUCCGAAGCUGGGAUGACUACAAGGCUGGUUUUGGCCAGCCGACCGGAGAGUUGUGGUUGGGGAAUGACCGGUUACACCAGCUGACCACCGGACGGGACUACCAUCUGUAUGUGGAGCUAGAGGACCAUGAGGGGGAGAAGGCGUUCGCUCUGUACUCAUCUUUUCAGGUAGGAAGUGCAGAAGAAAAGUACAAGUUGACUGUAUCAGGGUACAACGGUACAGCAGGAGACGCGCUGGACAAACAUAACCAGCAGUUCUUCAGUACCAGGGACAUGGACAAUGAUGGGAAUGAAGCCAUCAACUGUGCCUUAGGAUACAGAGGUGGCUGGUGGUACUACCCAGGCUGUGUGCAGACUAACCUGAACGGACUGUACCAAGGCUCCGGAAAUCUGGGGAGGGGCGUCACCUGGCUGCCGUGGAGAGGCAGCCACAGCCUGAAACGCACGGAGAUGAAGAUUCGGCCUAAAGACUUUGUAGUAUAUUGUACAACAAUGACCACUGCCUAUUGCGCAUUGAACGCAAUGAACAGUGCUGGAUACUGCUGUAUUCAUAUUUUUUUCAAUAUUGGUAAUGAACUGGGGAGGCGAAAUGGUAUAAGAUUAUGUUAUAGGAUUAGUAUUCCCGAUCUGGAACUCGGCUACCCCUAUCAUACCCUCGACCACGAGUUGUCCCUACAUUUGUGUAGUGCUUGUACACUGUUACCACCGGAAAAACAAAUGGCGAAGUUUCGUCGCAUAUCGCUCUACUUCUUUGCAAUUGUCGCUAUUUCUUUGGCCCAUGAUCAUCAUCAGACCGAUCCAACCCCGAACUAUGAAGUGACGGAACAUGGCGACAGUUGCAGGUACUCUCUCCUGGUGGAGAAACCAACGGGAGGAUGCCAGGAGACAUACUCACCCAGAAAACAUCACAUGGACUUACAGACUCGUAUCAAAAACAUGGGCCAAGCGAUUGACAUGGCCGAGGAAAGGCGGUCUGAAGUUUUCGCGGAAAGGAAAAACAAGCUGCUAAAGGAGGAGGCUGAACGCCUGGCAGUGGAGAACGAGGUGACAGAGAUCCAGUACCGCACGCAGAACUUGGAAGACUCCAACGACAACUUGAGAGAGAAGCUUCAGGAACAGACAGCAAAGAUGAGACAACUACAGGACCAGAUCAAGAACCUCAACUCGGCCAUAAGUCAGCUCAUAGAUAAAAAGGCGGAAGCUGAAUCAGACAAGGAAUCCUCCGAAACAGCCGGUAGUCCGACCACACCAGCGGGUACACCUGCACCCGUGCCGGCCGGUACCGACCAGCCAACACCUGCGUUUAGAGAUUGCACGUUGCUAAAGAAGGAUAAGCCUGACGAGGAAAGCGGCGUGAAGACCCUGGUUCUCCCUGACGGACAGGACUACAGGGCCUACUGUGACUUCAGCAGCCCGGGAGGACCGUGGACUGUCAUCCAGAGGAGACGCAAGACUGACGGCGACGAACAGGUUGACUUCUUCAAGACUUGGGACGAAUACAGAAAAGGGUUUGGCAACCCAGACGGAGAAUACUGGAUAGGAAACCACGCCCUCCAUCAGCUGACCAAACAUGGCGACUACGAGCUGAGGGUUGAACUGCGCAUGACUGAGGACGACCACGCACAUGCGCACUACGACAUGUUCCGGGUCAAGGGGGUGGAUUCAAAAUAUCAGUUGAAGCUGGGCCAGUACAGUGGUACUGCAGGAGACGCUCUGUACGUCCAUCGGGACCAGCCGUUCAGUACCAAGGACAGGGAGCAUGACAGCCUGGCUAGCGGCAACUGUGCCAGCGCCUACCGCGGCGGCUGGUGGUACGCCAAGUGCUUCGAUGCUAAUCUAAACGGAGAGUACACUGACGAUGCUGAAGCUAACCUGUCGUCCGUUAGCUGGGUGCCGUGGCGAGGAUACAAAACCAUACCUCAUGUAGAGAUGAAGAUCCGCCACAAGCCUGCGAACAAUCCCACCGAACCGUAAUCGUUACAGCAUUGGGUAGGGGUGGGUACCGGUACGGCGUA